CGAGCAGGUGGGAGGCGGGGAGGGCGGUGGCGGUGGCGGCGGCAGCACGGUCCUCUCCCUCCAUCGCGCCCUGUCCCCGGGUCCCCGCGCGGCUGAGGGGACGCUAUGUCCGCGGAGAGCCCCGAGGCGGCUUUUGCUGAGGAGCAGAAGGAAAUGGAAGAUAAAGUAACUAGCCCCGAGAAGGCUGAAGAAGCAAAAUUAAAAGCGAGGUAUCCUCAUCUGGGACAAAAGCCUGGAGGUUCGGAUUUCCUGAGGAAGCGUCUGCAGAAAGGACAAAAGUAUUUUGAUUCCGGGGAUUACAACAUGGCUAAAGCAAAAAUGAAGAAUAAGCAGCUUCCCGCUGCAGCGCCGGACAAGGCAGAGGUCACUGGGGACCAUAUUCCCACCCCACAGGAUCUUCCGCAGCGGAAACCGUCUCUUGUGGCUAGCAAGCUGGCUGGCUGAUUAAACCGGCUGAACUGCAUGAAUUUUCUCAUUCCCAUUAUUUCUCCUUUACUAUGUUAUUUCUCAGCUUUUUUUUUCUUACACUAAGUCGUCGAGACUGACAGCUCUGCGGGUAGCGAUAGCGUGCGCUGCUAUUGUAAGGGAGUAUGCUGUUAUGGUUAAAGUGUGUAGUACUUUGGACUAGUUGCAAACGAUGCACUGAUGAAAAGGACAUGUUAGAGCAGUGUAAUCUACUUGAAAAUAAAUGUACAUAUUGCAGAUUUCCUAGUGUAGGACAGGUUCCAGCAAGUAACAAGCAAGUUUUACAACUUUUAAUGUUUUGGCUUCCCUUAUUUGACCUUAGUUUCAGCUUUGUAUGUUUGUAUUAUUUAAUAUAACCUCCUGUUGCGUUGCUCUCUUCUGUAUUUUCUGUUGGGAUUUUGUAAAAGAGGUUUAGACCACAAGUUGUUAGAAAGAAAAAUCAUGUGUGUUCAAAAAAGAAAAAAAAAGCCAGAUGGGGUUCUUAAAAAUUUGUAUCUCUGCUCUUGAACUUGAAUGGCCUUAAACCUAUUUCAGCUUUAACAAUAGAAUUUUACUUGGGCAAUAUUUGCUCAUUCUGGUGUAACCUUUUGUGAACCUAGUGCUUAACAGCUGCCUGUUGAAGCUGGUAUUUUUUCCAGUUCUGUAGUAUUAGAACAAUUUCUGUUGAAGAUGUGAAUGAAGUGUGCAUGUGCAUAGACUGUUGAAUUCACUUUUGUGCCAUUUUUGUAAAUACAAUAGUUUUGCACAACCUCUUGCAAACGUCUGUAUUAAUUUCACACUUUGAGAAACAGAUAACGUGCCACCUAUAAGCACAAGAGAGUUCCUUAGGGGGUUCCCACCCAAAACAGAGGUUGGUACUUUUGUGCCGGAAGAGUAGUUUGGAAUCUUGGGUUUACGGAUUACCAGACCGGAGUCUUUAUCCCGAGUCAACUGUGGACUUAAUGCUUUCUCCUCUAGAAUGAAUGUCUCCGAGACCAGUGGCUUUGGGCGUAUUUUGAAGGCCUAUAAGGAACACUCCACUGUCUUUUAUGAAAUGGUAAAUCUUGUAAUCCAUAGGGUUUAAAAAAUCCAGAGUAUUUUGCAUGUCCGGUUUUGUGAGCUCCGGGACAAAAGCCCAAAGAAUUUUCGUCCCUUCGGCAGAUUAGACCCAAACAGAACUACAGGGAAUUCAGCCGUUUUGUUAAUACGGAGUUGCCAGUGCACUGGUGAUUUUCUUUUUACAUUUGCUCUGCUGAAUUGUGUCGUUAUCAGUGUAACUCACUAGGAUAGCAUUUCCUUUAUAUUUAAAGCUGCCAGCGCAUCUCGAUCCUCAAUCGAUGCUCUCAUUUGACACUGUCGGAUGAAGAUUUGGGGCGGCGGGGCAAGCAAAUAAUUAAGAACUCUUGCUGACAACUCAAACUUUUAAGUCAAGGUGAGUCGCAAUACCACAAAGUAAGAAAUCUUAAUCCGAAAAAGAAAGGCUAAAUAUAUAAGGCCUUGCUACGAUUAGAGAAUCUCACCGAUAAUUUGUGGUUAUCGGGUAUGGCUUCAACUUUUCUUAGGAAAUUAGAUUCUCAGCGGAGGGUUAGCUUCUGCCCUACUGUUUGGCUUUUUAAAUAUCUCACCUCACUGAUAUUCUGGUUCCGUCAUAUGGAGAAAGUCAGAAGCUCUGUCAAGUGUAAAAAUGAAUAGCCCCCAAUUUCACCAACGCUUCCUGAACUUGUUAGUGUCAUGGUGAUGGUGCAGCUAAUGUGUGAGCCUUGGUAACCUAAAGAACAGUGCUGGUGCUGAUUUAUUUUGUUGUUUGAUGUUUAUAAAUGAAAUGGGGCUAGGAAGACGUCAUUUCUGACUCAGCCUAGUUUCCUUUUGGUGUUGUAGAAAUCUGCAUGACUACUUUUUUUUUUUUUAGCAAAAAAAUAAUUACUUUUCCAAGUGGGUUGAGGUGGUUCUGAGGGUGUAAACAGAUUCAGAAAGGGGCUCUCUCCGACAUAUUUUUCACUUCUAGCCAUUUUCUCUUUGGAAAAAAGGCUGCCAGUCUGCUGUUCCCUUUCUCCAAAAGGAUUUUUAAAAAGGGUAUCGAGAAGAUUUGGGUUUGCUGUUUUUUAACUGACCAGUAAGCAAUUUUACACCGUUACAAGGGGAUACUAACCCAUUGGGUAGAUAAUGUGUUUAGCCAAGGAAUGAUUUCAGAAAUGCAGAAUACUCCCAACUUGAAUUUCCACUCUUUGGUCCAAUAUUUUUGCAAUGAUGCUACCUCCGUUAAACCCAUUCCUCUGAGAAGAACACUGGACUAAGGGAAGACACGAGGCCGAUCCCUACCAUGACAAACAACUGCUGUGGCCUUGAGCAAGUGACUUAACUUUUGCCUCGGCUUUAACCCAGGAUGUUAAUACGUAAUCUACCUCACAGCCAUGUUGAGGGCCUGAGAAAUGGCAUUCUUAAGUGCCCGGUACGAAAGACUCGCAGUCCUCUUUAUUUAAAAAGAUGCGGUUUCCUCCUCAGAUGAUUCCCAUCUCUUGCUAGUCGUAGUACUGAGCACCUCAGGAUUUUUCCAUACACAAGAUCUACCCACAAAGACUAGUCUGACCGAGUGAGCGCGUGGUGGGAGCCUGGGGAGAACCUAAAUGGCGGAGAUGUGCCGUAAUGGCUGGCAGAGCAAUCAUGCAAAUGCUUUUCAAGUGUUUCUCCCCUCAAACAGCUGUCCGGUGACACUGCCUCUCGAUUGUAUAGCAAGAUGGAAACAAUUUAGGAUUUAAUUGUAAAACAAAAUGGUCAAUUCCUAACAAUCGGUUCCAGGCCCAGGAUGGCACUGGGAUAACUAGUUCUUCUCUUUGACGACCCACUUUUAGGUUUUUUGCUGAUUUGUCCUAAAAUCUAAAUAAUGAAAGAUAAAAAUGAUUAACUUCAUUUCCGCGUGGCCGGCUCUGGUUAUUUAUGCCACCGUUUAAGCUCUUGCUUUGUAAAAGAGGUUUGGAUUUAGUCGUCGUCCCCGGGUUGUAACCGAUCGGAUAGAAAACACCUACUGAAAAUUCAUGUAGAAUUGAUCUCAAUCAAGGAUGCAAACUGCUUGUGUUGAUUCAUCUUACAACCUUGGAACUUUUAAAAUAGACAAACCUAUGCACAUUGUAUCCUAGAAAUCCUGAGCCUAUUUUGGCUUCGAGGGUGGAUCAUGUAAUAUGUUUAUAUUAUAUAACUUAUCAACUAACCAGCAGUUUGAAGUGAACCAUUAACCCCUUCAGUACUAUACCUUCAAACCUGUAUUACUGUAUAUCUCUCAUGUCACAGUAGGCCCCUCAGUAUAUAUGAAAGCGCCACAUUAAUGUCCAUUUUGUCCAGGGUGACCCCUUAUAGAGUGGAGAAUUAAUGAUGGAAGUUGUCGAUUGCUCCUAAAGUUACACAUUGUAUACGGUAUAUGGAAGAAUAAAUCGAUCUACCUAAUUUUUAUUUA